UUUUUUAGCAUGUUAGGGGGUCCCAAAAUACCCUGGCACCUUGAAAAAUAAAAAAUCCUAAGGAAUCCAGUAGGGCGGGCUUCACACCUGCAGUGCAGGCCUCCAGUCACUGUGCUCAAAAUUAAGGUUCAGCCAUGACCUGAAUAUAUGAAGUUAGUGUAUUGCCCUCUCUUCCAGUCAUACUUGUCUAGUCACAACCUCACCCUCAAUGUAAAUCUUUGUCCCUAUAAUUUGAAUAGUAUUUUUUUAUUGUGUUUUUAAAGUUGUUUACUGACUACUGUAUAUUUUAUACUGUAGAUCUCAGUAUAAAAAUCCCUACAUCUAUGGAGAACGACAUAUACAAGUAUAGCCUACUGUAUACACCUUUAUGAACUCAUAAAAGUUAUGCUCAGAGAAGUUCUGUUUCCCUUUCAUUUCCAUACGUGUAGUGUUACCACACAGCACAAGUACUUUGGAGCUGGGUGUGGGAACAAAGGAGUUUCAGCAGAACCAAGGAAUAAAAACAACAAUAUGAAUACCUUUAAUUUUUUCCGCAAAAACAAGACAAAGAUGGCUACAAUCAAAGCCCCAGAGGUUUUUCUCCACCAUCUCAAAGACAACGAUAUUAUUACAAAGGAGGAAUAUGAAAUAGCGCAAUCUGCCGAGAGAAUUGUAUACGAGGCCUUGGAGUUUAUUGAAAAAGGUGGACAUGAGAAGGUUGAUAAGUUCUGGAAAUGUGUGGACAAGGACCAUAUUUUGGCGAAGUAUCCCCAAAUCUCUGAACUGCUUAAAAUUUUAAAAACUUCACAAGUUAAAAAAACUGAUGUUAAAACAAGAAGGUCACAAAACAAUAAUGAGAGAAACCAAGCUGGGCCAUCAUCACAAAGCACAAAUAGCCAGAACACAGCUGAAAGUGUGACGCGCAAGGGACUAGAGGGAAUUUUAGCCUUGAUCAAGUACAAGAAACUGCUGCCUAUAACAUGUGGGGAGAGAAAAGCCUUAUUAAUCAGAAAAGAACUGUCUGGAAAAAAGUCAUGUAUUCGCAGACGGAAAAAGCUCAUGACCCCUGUUGAAUUUGUGAAAUUGUGUGAAAAACAAAAAUGGAAACAAAGUAUAAAAUGCCAUGGAAAAUCCCUCAAUUUUCUUAUUAAGAGGGGCAUUUUGAAGAUGACUUAAUUGCCAGUGUUCUACUCUUCUGGUUAAAUUAGUCAUUAAAUGUGUAAUGUAAAUCUUUAUAAGCAAGGCAUUUGAUCAGAAAUGACUAAUAACUAUAACCGAAAAACAAAGUUAAUGGGUCACAUAAUUAACAACAACAUUAAUAAAAUUACAAAACACAAACCCUGCAUAGAGAAUAAUUUUACAUGCAGCCAGGAAUCUAACCAAAUGUAACACUGAAUAUGAGGUUAUCUGAAUAUAUGAAUGUAAGUGCAUUGUUUUUUUUCUGUUAUAUUUCCUAUACAGUAAAAACUGAUUUGUUGUUUCAACUUAAAAAUUAUGUUCCCUAGCUGCCUUAAAAUUUUGAAUUAAUUCAUCUUAAAAAUAUUAGUUAUUAGAUGAAUUUGAUGCAAACGUGUUAGUUAGAUUAACAAAUAUUUUUAAGUUGAAUUAACUCAGAAUUUUAAGGCAGUCGGGUAACUUAAUUUUUUUUAGUUGAAACAGCAAAUAAUUGUUACAGUGAUACUUGUGUGAACAAAUAUGAAAUAAAAUAACUGCCCUAAAGACUUUUCACCAUGCCACUCAUUGCUACAUCUUUAUUAAAAA